AUGAGCAGUACCCCUUUACUUGGAAAAGAGUUAUCCAUUGUAUUUGACGAAUCAACCGAUGUCAACAACCAGCGCAUCACGAAUAUCUCAAUCAAACCCUCCAAAGGCGCCUUCUACGACGAUAACUUUAAGCACGGCGGCGAGACACUCACGGGCGAAAGAAUCUCUGAAACACUCUUCUCUCAAAUCCUUCGAAUUUGCAAUGAGCCUGACGAAUUGAGCCCAGUUUGCUCCAGCAGGAAUUUCGACCGUCUCUCACUUCAAAUCCUCGCCUACACAACUCGUAAUUCUGCGCAAACUUCAAGAGAGAUUCUAUCGAAAGCUAAAGAGAUUGGUGUCGGCCCAGAGAUACUCGAUCUGAAAGAUCUUAACUCGUUUAUCGAACUCUCACAAAUGAAAUUCAGUGGUUUCAGAUUCGUCAAUUCCCUCGAAUUCUUCGUCCUGUUAUUAAGGCGCAGCUAG